AUGAGCACAAAUAUUUCCGCUGCAACUUCAACCACCAAGAGGCUUCAAGGUAAGGUAGCCAUGAUAACCGGUGGAGCCAGUGGAAUAGGCAAGUGCAGUGCAAUGGUUUUUGUUAAACAAGGAGCUAAGGUCGUCAUUGCCGAUGUCCAAGAUGAGCUUGGCCUCUCUGUUUGCAAAGAAAUUGGCUCAGAAGAAACUAUCUCUUACGUCCAUUGCGAUGUAACUUGCGAUUCUGAUACCCAAAAUGCUGUAGACUUUGCUGUCUCCAAGUUCGGAAGUCUUGAUAUAAUGUUAAGUAAUGCGGGAACUUGCGACAUCGUAGAUUUAGAUCCCACUCUUCCCAAUAUUUUAGUGGCAGAAAAUGAAGAUUUCAAAAGGGGUUUUGAUGUCAAUGUGUUUGGAGCUUUCUUGGCAGCCAAACAUGCAGCCAGGGUCAUGAUUCCUUCCAAGAAAGGCUGUAUUCUCUUUAAUUCAAGUGUGGCUUCAGUCAUAAAUUUGGGUGGUGAUCAUUCAUAUGUGGCAUCAAAAUAUGCAUUGCUUGGUUUAGCCAAGAACCUGUGCGUGGAGUUGGGGCAAUAUGGGAUUAGGGUUAAUUGUAUCUCCCCAUUUGUAGUUGUAACCCCAACGCUAAGAAAAGUUAUGAGGGUCAUGGAAGUGGAUAAGAAGAAGAUCCAGGAAGCGAUUUCGGCUUCAGCUAACUUGAAAGAGGCUGUAUUGGAAGAGGAAGAUAUAGCAGAGGCAGCAGUGUAUUUGGGAAGUGAUGAUGGGAUCAACUUAGUGGUUGAUGGAGGUUUUAGUCUUGUCAAUCCCUCGUUCGGUAUGGCAAUGAAAAGCUUGUUUCCCUAA